AUGCUCGCCCAACCCCUUGAGCCACCAAGGCGCCCGUUUCUUGACUCUGGAGGGUCCAAUUCAAGUCGGAGCAGCUCUCCUGGGGGUGCAUUCGGCGGCAGCACAGUCUCGCUGCAUGUCAACUACGUUCCAAGCAAGUUUGCUGCCCCCGCGGUCCGGAACAGGAGGAGCGGUAUUUUCAAGCGUGGAGGGGGCAUAGACGCGUUUCGAGCAGGCGAGUCGCGUAUACCGGGAGCAAACGACGACAGCUAUGACGGCGUAGAACUGGGCAGGAAGGGAAAGAAGGGCGCCAAGUGGAAUCGGUUCAAGUGUUCUCCAACUCCGUGGUAUGUGACUUCGGGACAACAUGGGAGCUAUCUGAUACCCUAA